CAGACAGAGGCGGCCGAGGAGGGGACGCUGCGCUUGAGAGGGAAGGCGCUGCCCCGCAGCAUGAGGCUACCCCGCGGCUGCCGUCGCCGCCACCGCCACCCCUUGCCCCGCGGCUAGCCGGCUGCCUCUCUGGAUGCCGCUGCGCCCGGGCGCCGCCUGCGCUCGCCUCCGCUCCUCCCUCCCGCUCCCGCAGCGGCCGCUGCCGAACUUUGGAUGAUGACGAUGAACUCUCUGGCCGAGAGCCUGCUGGGCCCGCCGGAGCCCUCCAAGCCGGCCUUCCUGGACUUCGCGCUGGGGCCCGCGCCCUCGCCGCACCCGCUGCCCCAACAGGCGCCACCGCCGCCGCAGCACCCGGCCAGCUUGGCGCCUUACCCGCUGCAAGCGCUGCACCCGCCGCCGCCUGCGCAGCACGACGGCGGCGCCUUCCCUCCCGCGGCCCCUUCCUACGGCAGACCCCUGGCCUACCCCUCCUACCCCGGCCCGGCGUCCGGCAGCAGCCCCCACGCCUUCUACCACCACCACCACCACCACGGCGCCGCCUACUCGCCUUACCAGCAGCCCUCCGGCGCCCUGGGCCCCGGCACGAGGCUGGAGGAGACCGAGCUGGAAAAAACCACAAUAAUUGAGAAUGGGGAAAUCCGCAUCAACGGGAAAGGGAAGAAAAUCCGCAAGCCACGCACCAUCUACUCCAGCCUCCAGCUCCAGGCCCUCAACCAACGCUUCCAGCAGACCCAAUACCUGGCAUUACCUGAGCGGGCAGAACUAGCAGCACAGUUGGGUUUAACCCAGACGCAGGUUAAGAUCUGGUUCCAGAACAAGCGCUCCAAGUUCAAAAAGAUCAUGAAACAGGGCUCCAGCAUCCAAGAAGAUCACCUCCACUGUUCCUCCUCUUUGUCCCCCUGUUCUCCUAACAUACCCCCACUCUGGGACAUCCCCAUGGCAUGCAAAGGAACCCCCCUCCCUCCCAGUGGCUACAUAAACAGUUUUGGACCUUGGUACCACCAGUCACAACACCAAGACACCAUGGGGAGGCCUCCAGUGAUGUGACCUCAAAAGCACUUGAAACACCAAUCUGCCUCCAAAGCAAGGAUCAGGGACCCUGGAACAUGGGAGCAGGAGAGUGUACAGAAGGAUAGUUCCCUUGAAGGACUCACUAGCACGUCGUUCUCCCCAGGAAGAGCUCCCUGGCUGAAGAUUCAAAGGAUUCUUCUGAACUGUUCACAGAUGAAAUUCUCAACUGUGGUAGGAAAUGUGAGGUGAAGACCUGAAGAGGCUGCCCCUCUAGCUGAAACUUGACCCAUUUCAAGCAAUGUCUUUUUAUCAGGGAUUUACAAAGCUGAUGUUCAUACUUUGUUCCAAAGACAGGUUCCUAAGGGACAAAGCCUGGUAUUUCAUCUAGCUGUGUUAGCAGAAUUAGUAGGGUUGCCAGCUCUGGCUUGGGAAAUUUGGGGGGCAGAGCCCGGGAAGGAUGGGGUUUGAGGAGGGGAGGGAUCUUAUGCAGUUAUAAUAACAUAGAGUCCACAUUCCAAGGUAGCCCUUUUCUCCAGGAGAAUUGAUCUCUCUGGCCUGGAGAUCAGUUGUAAUUCUGAGAGAUCUUCAGCCAUUGCCGUGAGGUUGGCAACCCUAAGAAUUAGAAUUGCUGAUGCAUUUUUCCUGGCAGUGGUCCUUUACCUUUAAAAAGGCAGAAAAUAAAUGGGUGUAGGGGACAGGAAAGCUUUAUUUGUUGAAUUUUUGCUGUUAAUGGUACAGGAUCACUUGUGGGGGGGGGAGGGAAUGUGGCAGUCCUAAUUAGUGUAGCAAGAUUUCGAGCUACACAGAGCUCUUCUUCAGACAGUUGUUUGGAGAAGAAUGGCAAACUAGUUAGAAAUACAUGGCUUUGUGAAUUUUGGGGACAGAAUGCUGGUUAGUUUGGAGACAACAAUCAAAUGGGUUAGAUCCAGCUAGCUUUUUCACUACAUCUGGUCCAAUUCCCCUGGUUACUACAGCCCCUGUCCUCCUUCGGCUUUUGUCCAUGCAGGUCCCAAGAUGAGCCUUUUUGACAACUGAAGAGGAUUUCCCCCCUCCUCUUUUCACCAGUGGAAAAGUUGGCUGGAUCCAACUCAGCCUCUUCUCACUAAACUACAACUAACAAGAACUUUUACCAUUCCUCUCCAAAAAAGUUCAGUCAACUUUCUCCUCCUUCGCCAAAACAAAUGAGUAAUGGUUUCAGAUAGCUGAUUUCUGUAUAGACCUCUCAACUUGCUAGUGCUGAAAAAAAUAGUUUUUAUAUUUAGAUCCUUUCUACAAAGACAAAUUUGCCUCCAAGUUUUCUGUCACAAAAAAUAUUUUUUUAAAAACAAUUGUAUUCAAGCCAGAAUUAUGUUUACAGUUUGUGGAAUGUAAGCCCCAUAUUCCCUCCACACACCCCACUUUCUUUUUAAAGAAUGUUUAUACUUCUUUCAGCACCUACAUGAUGAUUACAAGUUGCAAUUAAACUCUGCCGGGGGCACAUGCGCAGUCUGUUGCUGUGUCAUCAUGUGUACUCCUCCUUACUCCUUCCACUUCUGUCCUCUUCUAGUGCGCAGAACUUAACAAAAUGCUUGACCCAGCUGCAUUCCAUUGUGGCAGCCAAAUGCAGCCUUCCUUAGUAAACUGGAGGGUUUUUUUUCAUAUUCCCUGCAAGCUGGACUUCUAAAGGAACACGCCUAAGCAGGUCUACUCAGGAGUAAAUCAAAUGUUAUUCAAUGUGGUUUACUCUCAGGAGUUUUUAGGAUCGCCCCCUAAACCUCUGCUUAAUCCUCCUUUAGAAUCUUUGUUUGUGUUGAUUAAACAAACUGCAAUUCACUGAAACUCCUGAAUUUGAACAUCACAGUGAAUUUGAGCUUGAACCAUUAGCAAUGCAAUCCUAAAAAGAGUUUUCCCGUUGAUAUCAAUGGGCUUAGACUGAAGCAAGUCUCUUUAGGAUUGUGCUGUAAGGAAGUUUUCCAUGCACAAAGGAAGGUGGGAGGAGCAAGGGAGGGACACAUGUUUAAUUGCAGCUUAAAAUCUUCCCCAUUCCCAUUCCAGAAUAACUUGAGUCUAUUUAACAAAGCAAUGUCUUAAUUUAACUUUUUUCCUCCACACUUUU